CGCAUCGCCCUCCGCUCCAUCCAUAUCCACCACCGUUAGCCUGCCCCGCAUCAUUCUCCGGAAGUUCUGGGGCUGUGAGAUUCCACUGUGCAUGCGUCUAUCACGGAUAUUUGUCGGUUUGAGCCUCCAUGCCACCUUCUUGCCGCGUACUGCCUCUGCUCUAGUGUGGCUGUAUGUGGAUGUUUCAAUUAUAUGUGUAUAAAAGCACGCGCGCCUGUUUGCCACCCACACCCUCGCCCCUUAGUCCCGCACCCCUAUAACUCCUUUCCCCUUGCUAUGCCCGUUGUCCCUUUGUGCCAAAACGAUUUCUUUCUUCUCAGGGAGGUUCUCUUGCCGUGGAUCCCACUUUGCUGCCGCCGCCGCAGGCGCCAUCUUGCUUCUCUGUCCGCGAGUGAGUGCACUGAGUGCAACGAGAGCCCGGUCGAGUUAGCGGCUCCGAUGUACUCCCCCACUGGCUGCAGCCGCCCUCUACUGGUACCUCCCUGGCACUGCUCGUCUGCCACCACUGUGCGCGAAAGUGUACAGGCAAGCCCCAGUACGAGAAAACGCACAGCCACCGUCAACUGAACGACGGCGAAGACGACGAAGACCGAAAAAGUAGGAAAGGAUAAUAUUCCAGCCAGCGGUCGUGGAAACGUGAGUUUGUGUGUGGGCACCCUAGGAACUGUUGUCCUACUGCUGCGUGGUGUGGCGCUUCUGAGGGUUGAGUUAAACAGCAGGAUGACUAAUUAUAGAAGAUUGGCGUUUGUCGGCGCCGUCUGAUGCACCGAGCGAAACUACUUGCUCUUGCCUCUUUCACAAUAUAGGCCUUCAACACGGCCACACGCUGUCUUACAGGAGAAGAUCGAUUGUCCUAAGGCUGGAGGACCAGUCGCCAGCCAUGUCUCAGCUGUCGGUGAACUCGGAACCGGGGAUGGCGGAGCCGGAGGCCGCUGGAGGGUUGGAGCACGGCGGUUUGACAAGUCCCGGCAGAGGAGGCACCGGCGCCGGCGGUGUGGCUGGAACACGCUCAUCGGAAGAGCUAUUCAUCAACGCCGAUGAAGCGGACGUCGACGAAGUUGAUCACCUCAUUCAGGGCCGGGAACGAACCUUGCUCAAUAAUUUGAUUAACCGAGCCCAGGACAAGGAUUUUCCGCCAGGAGCACCUCCACCGCUGCCAGCUCAACCACCCGUCUUUCAGACGAUCGAUGAAGUCUCUGGCAAUGUGGGGGUGGGAGCUCUGCCUCCACAACCACAUGCACCUCCCGUACCACCAGCGUCGGUUUUUGUUACCGUGAACAUGGCACUACCGCCGCAUGGACAUAGGAGACAACAUUCGCACGCUCAACACUCGCAUCAGAGGCCGCAGCAUCGAAGAGCUCACAGACGGCAUCGGCACAGUCUCGUCGAUAUCAAAGGAAGCCUCGCAAAACAUCUUUCUGGGUCGUCGUCAGAUUCCGAUUCUGAUAGAUCUUCGUCUUCCUCCGAGGAUUCGGAGCUUAUUUGCAAUAAGACCGAGUGUGCCAUGAACGCUAACGCGAAUCACGACGAAGCUGGACGCGGGCACCAUAUCGGAUCGCUUGCUGGAGACGGGAUGUGUGAGCUCAUCAUGAACAAUAAACUUAACAGCUCAACUGCAAUAGGCUUAGACAUCAAAACAGUGGCAAUCCUACAGGAGGAGAAGUUACAACAGUUGGAGCGAGGUUUAGACAUCGAAGACCGUUCGUCAAAAGGCUUUUUAGCUAGCAACAAACGGAAGAAAAAGAAGGGCCGUGGACGGCGCAAAAAGAAGAAGAAAGUUCCGAAAUACUUACAAAGCGCUCCAAUCGCUUUGCUCAAACAUCCUGCAGAGCGGUCCGCCACAGCGUCAAUACUCAGUUCGUUACUGUUAAUGAGUGUCAGCCUUUUAACGGGCCUUCCCUUGGUCGCUGGCAUGCUUUUACUUUUACCGUUGGCGUUCUGCACUAGGCAUACGUGCAAGAGCUGCGCUGCGUGCCAAGAAGGUGUCUUGUGCGAAGAGCACCAGGACGAAAACGGCGUGGGUUCAACAGGACCGCGCUUCGUCAGCCCCAUGGAUAAUUUGUGGCUACAUGAUGCUCAUUUCAACCACAACAUUGGCCAUUGUCUCAUUUUUAUGGAGCCCGGUCUCGACGCGGCGACUCUAGCCAACCAUCUACAUGACAGAAUCCUGGACCGUACCAAUGAACGGGGUAGACCAGUCUUCCGCAGAUUCAUGAAAAAGAUCGUACCGCAGGUUGGAGGUUUCUGUUGGCUAGAUGAUGACGAAUUUCGAAUUGAGCGCCACGUUUUGGCAGACGACAAACCUCUGCGGGACUACAUGCAACUAACAUCAUACCUGACAACGUUAAUGUCUAAGGGUAUGGCAGCGGAUCGGCCCUUGUGGGAUAUCCGCGUUUUGUCCAACUAUAACUGGGGCCAAGAGACAGUGCUCGUUGUGCGAGUGCACCAGGUCCUCACAGACGGCAUUUCACUACUCAAGGUGCUAUGCAACCAUCUAGCUGACGGAGCUCAGUCUCGUUCCUGUGGCCGUUUUAAGCCACGUUUCGGAGGCUCCCAUCUUGCCCUGAACACCUUAAAGGCCAUCUUGAUUGGGCCACUAGCAGCCAUCCUAAACUUGACAUCCAAGCCUGAUUGUAAUAUAUUUAGGAGAGGCAAGUACGAUAAGCUUAUAGGUGAGAGGUCCAUAGCGUGGAGCAGAGACCUUUCUCUUGAGCAGGUGAUGCGAAUAAAGAGGGUGACCCGUAGCACACUAAAUGACGUCCUUCUCACUGCUAUCAGUGGCGCUUUGCGCAGCUACAUGCAGAAGCAGGGCAUCAGUAAUCCGCCUGACAUCAAGGUCAACCUUCCGGUAGACUUGCGGCCGGAGCCGAAUCCGGUGUCAUCCCCACUCGUGCCAAUGACAUUAUCGAUGUCGUCUUCGGGGGGCGGUGUGCACACUGACUCGUCUGCCGGUGCACCACUGGGUACUCGUUUUUCAUCGUGCCUCAUCAAACUACCGACGAGCACAGAAGGUGCCAUCCCCCGGCUAUGGGCCGUUCGCCAAGAGAUGGACAACCUGAAAUGCUCCUCCGAUCCCCUGACCAUGUUUGGCUUUUUGCAGUUUCUGCUCAUUAUGCUUCCCUAUCGAUGGGCACACUGUAUUUUAUCCUGGUACAACCGAAAGGUUACUGCAUUGGUGAACUCAAUGCCCGGCCCGCUCGAGUUCGUCUUCCUGGACCAGAAGAGAAUCAACAAUAUGGUCGCUUUCACGGGCUGUUCGCCCGAUAUUCCUGUCUGUGUCACAUUUCUCAGCUACGGCGAGAGUCUUCAGAUUAGCGUGAGUGCGGAGAGGGCGCUCAUGCCCGAGCCGUACACGCUGAUAAAAUUAUUUGCCAAACAGAUUGAGCACUUAUGUGAGCUACUGGCUUCACGUCGCAUUCCUGGCGAACAUUCGAAGGCGAAGAGUGGCUGUUACGUACAGCAGAGUCAGAUAGUACAGCAAGGACUGGCGACCAUCUCGUCGCUAGCGUCAGGCUCACAACGCACUCACCCGACGACGCAGCUGGUGCGUGGCCGGAGUGGGGAGGUUAAAACAUCAAUUACCAAAAAUGAACUUUCUCCUGAAGGAUCCGUAUCUGAUAUCCAAGAGUUGCACCAACGACUCCAGAGUGUCCAGGUGGAGCUUGGAGAGUUGCAAGAGCAAUUAGAAGUUGCAAAACCUGCUGGCGAAGAGCGCCGCGAAAUGGAGUUACGCUUGUCAACGCUUCGGGAGCAGUUCACACUUAUUCUUGGCGAAAUUAAGAGAGUGAAAGGUGCUUCACCGGGCACAGGAUGCGAAGACGACAUGUUGGAGGAGGACGGCGAAUUGUUGCGCUGCCGCGUAAGCCGCCGUUCUCUCUCAGCCUGCGUUGUAAGGAGACCUUCACUUACGAUCUUGACCAAAUCGCUAACCAACCCGCAUAACUCCAACAAUUCCAUCAGCAGUAUUCAUAAAACGCCUUCGGGUUUAGAGGCAAAGGACGGAGAUGAGGUUCAGCGAAGUGGGUCGAUUCUAGCGAGAAAAGCCUUUGCCGCUGAAGACGACAACUCGACGUCCGCACGAAAAGAAGCAUCAAAAUCGCCAUCAAAUAGCAGUCGUCGGCUUGUGACCAUCCAGCGGCAAGAGAAUCCAGCCGGAAUCAUAGUGCAUGACAGCUCUGCGGACGGCUUCGACUCGAUGUAUCAUUGCGAUAGUGGGACAAAGGAUUUCGGCGAGGAUCCGACGCCUGCAGCCAUAGUCGUUGCACCAAUUCCCCCAGGUAUGUCAGCGUCAUUCUUCGACCAAUUGCCGCCACCACCACCAGAGUUACCGUUGGACGUGGCUUCUCUUGGUUCGGCACAUUCGUCGCAGCUCAACGCCUUCGAUGAGCGAAGUAGCACAGAUGACAAUGGCUCGAUGCCUUCGUCGAUCAUGGCACAAGUACGACCAUCUGACGAAAACCAACCCCAUUCGCAGAUGUGAUGCAGCUCGUGCCAAAUGCAAUGAUGCAACAGUUGACACGCAACUAGUACACAAAUAAAUUAAUACACAAGAUAAUAAAAGCAGACGGGUUCGUCUCGAGAUAAAUCAGUGCACAUACUAUGUAUACCUAUUGGCAUGUCCGAGGAUUGCCAUAAGCUGGAGGUAUAGGAGCAGCCGAUUUUUGAAAAACUGAGUGUAGCCGUAUUCGCGAGUUGCCCUUAGCACACUCCUAUACAAUUGAAAGAGCAUUUCCUUGUACUAUUCUAUAGGCGAACUAUACUCAUGUAAAAUACGUUCCUGACUUGACCCGCCCGCGUAGCGAUUCGGAAAGCGUCUGUGACACAGAAAGAUAUUUGUCGCCGCUUUCCUGACGACAGUGACGCAGCCACUAAAUGACAAAAUUUAUGGAUGUGCUUGAGAUGCUUCAAAUCGUACCCCGCCUUUGCUUUGUUCGAAAGAAGCAUUUAACAUAAGAGAGCAAACGAAAGAGCAUAGUUUCGAGACUUUGCUGUGUCCGGGUUUGAUUGACUUGUCAGAAAAGCGAGGAAAUGGCUGAGAUCGUUGCUGGCCGGGGAGGGGUGUCACAGGUACAAUACCAAAAUUGUCACACGGGGCUAAGUCGCCCGUCGAUGAAACGGUGAUAAGUAACAGCGAUGUCUUAGGUUCUCACACCGUCGCUAAAUCCACCGGCUGGAAUGGUUAAAACAUUGGCGCGCUUUCCUGGGCACCGUGCGUGCCGAGCAACGUGACUUCCGGCCCCGACCGGCCCACCUGAAUGGGCGGAUCCGCUAGUGACAGUACAACAGUGAGGCUUCUAAUAAGAAAACUCAACUAAUUGUUCCUGAUGCACGACGUCGCGGCCAAAUGCCGAACACAAUAGACGAUUUUAUCGCCCACAAAAGAAGAACAUAUUCGUUGAUGAAGGACCCGAAGCUGUUAACAGGCGUGCGGCUAUGACAGGUGAUAGAAAAAAAAUACGGAUCAGCUGGUGGACAAGUCCAAAACAAAUGGACAUCAUACUGAUAUAUAAAUAAUACAUCCAUUAAGCGAAACAGCAGCCUUAUUUAGUACGGUGAUGAUGAUGAUGAUGAUGAUGAAUGAUGAGCAUAACAGUUAUUAUUGUAAUGAAGAAGCUGAAUCAUAAACAAACUGAUUAAUAUAUAUAUAUAUAUAAAUAAUAACAACAAUGAUAUUACUAAUAAUAUACAAUAGGAACAGACUUUAUUGUAAUACAAUAAAAACUAACGCAAAUAACAUGAUAUGAAUAAUGAUGAUGAUUAUAUACUUGUGGAAACGUGUCAAAUGAGCGCAAAUAGAGCGCGUUAUGUAUAGCAAGUAGG